CAGACACUGUGGCACACUUGGGCUGGCUUCAUCUUCUCUCAUUCCCUUUGGGGACACCAAGAGUCGUCUUGAUGGCAGGAAAUGGGAAGAGAAUGGCGAGGCUCUGCAGUGAUGUCACGUAUUCCCAGUUCCCCUGAGACCACUGGAGAUAGCUCCACAGCUAUAAUCUACCGGGUGCCGUGAAGCCAGGGAUGAAGAUUAUCCCCCUGCCACGUGUCUAUACAUGUGUACCUGGUACAGUGCACACUUCUGCGUGUGCAUAAAAGUAGGUACGUGUGCGGUGCCUAGGCGUGUGCGCAAACAUGUCUUUUGGCCAGCAUUGGCGUGUCUGCAUGCACGUGCAUGUAGUUCUCAAACGCUUCCCCCUUUCUGGGUCGGCUUGGUGUGUUCCGAAUCCCCUCCGACAAUGGUUGCACCCCCUCCGCCCGGAAGUGUUUGCUUCCCCGCUCGCUGGUAGCUGCGCGAGGGCCAUGGACCCGCCGUGCAGUCAGAAAGGGUCGUCCCCAGCUCCCAGACCCCCUGAGACAGCCCCGGCUUCGGUUACCCUGGCACAGCUUCUACAGCUGGUCCAGCAGGGCCAGGAGCUUCCCGGCUUGGAAAGGCGCCACAUCACGGCGACCCAUGGCGAUCCCACGGCUUCUCGGCUCCCGCGGAGGCCCAAGCCCUGGGAGGCUGCAGGCUCGGCCAAGGCACCCGCGCAACCGCCCUGCUAGACCUGGGCCACAGGCCCCUCCGACCCUCAGGUACGGGUAGCAGAAGCGCCUGGAGGAGCUGGGCUUAGCGGACUCGAGAGCACCUUUGUAUUUGGCACACGUGGGGUCCUGAGGCUCCAAGUCCUCAGCAGCUGAGAUUUGGAGGGCGUGACUGUUCUGCAUAAACUCCAGACUGAUAUUCGAAUACUGACCAGAUAUUCAUCUUUUGUGCUUUCGCCCUGACCUGUCUCAACUGGACUUAAGCCUCCUGGGAGCAUCAUCCGUGUUUGCAUCCCCAUGUUUGUAUCCGUACUUCUGCACCAUGAUACUCAUUAAAAUUUUUCUUUUAAACCUU